GAGCAGUGCAAGAUCGGCGUGCACGUUAGUACUCUACGUUACAGCAUGACCGCGUCAUGGCCGCGGCUUCGGCCACGGGAGGAUCGUGGUAACAUUGACGUCACACGGCCAUAGCAACAGCAACAACCACCACUGCCACGAUAAAGCGAAGUGAAGCAUCCGGCCAGUCAAUGCAAGACUUGACUUGACUUGACUCCCCUCUCCUUCGCCCGUACAGGAUAUAGAUAUAACUACCCCCCACAGCAAUCCCACCCCCAUUCUCAUGAGACCACCAUCGCGACUCUUCACCAACUUCAUCCGCACCGCUACUCCGGUCAGCACCAAACAGCACCAGCAAAUCCGGCGCCUCACAACCACCGCCACCAUGUCCGCCGACACCCCGCACAACAACGACUCCGACACGAGCGGGCUGCCGGAGGCUCACAAGCGAAUCGUGCACCGCAACCGAAUGGACCGGCCUCCCUACUCCGCCGCCCCCGGCGGCUCUUCCCCCUUCCCCACCGUCCUCACGGCCUCCUGUUUCUGCUCCACAGUGCAAUACUCCCUCUCGCGCUCCUCCCCGCUGGACGCAAAGUUCUGCCACUGCAGUACCUGCCAACGCUUACACGGCGCGCCGUUCCAGUGGGCGGCGAUAGUGCACAAGACCGACGUGCUGUUCACGAAAGGCCGCGAGGACCUGGUCUACUACAACCCUGGCGAGAAGAGUAGUGAGUACACGCUGCCGUGUAAAGUCGCCUGUAAACGGUGUAGAACCCCGAUCAUGGAUGAGGGGAGGAAUAUGCUACUGCUUUUUCCGACGCUUAUCAGGUUUGGGGGGGUGGCGGAGAAGAGGAAGUGGUAUCCUUCGUGUCAUAUUUUUUACGCGCAGAGAGCGGUCGAUAUAGUCGAUGGGCUGCCGAAGUUUGAGAAGCAUAAGGAUGAGAGCGACUUGAUGCCUGAGACGCUGAAGGAACAUGAUAAAGAUGGGACGGGGAGGGAGGAGAAGGCCGAGUUCAGUCUGGAGCAUGCUGGUUAUGCGCGACAAGCGAGUGACGCUGGCAAGAACGACCGUGGUGGCGAAGGGGGUAAUAUGGUGAUGGUGUUGAUGGGAUACGGUAUGGUAGUAGACACGCAGAUUACCCCGGAAAAAAAACGGAAGGAGCUUGAGCCGUACGAGAUACGCAGUUACUACAUGUAG